UUUGACAUUUCGUUGUUUCUGGUUAUUUCGUAUUUUUCUUGAUCAGAUCUUCUUAUCAGCUAUUUUCCUCUUUCGCAAUAACAUUUGCUUAUCAAACCAUGUCUAACGAUUAUGGUUUUAACAGUGAUGAUUCUCCUAACAAAACAAAUUCUCACUUACAACUUCCUAGUCCUAUAAUUACGCGUCGCAAUCGAACUGCUUCGACGUCUGAAAGAGCUCUGGGAAACCCGGUAGAAAAUGGGAAAAUUAAAUCAUUUUGCCGGGAAAGAGGUCACGGUUAUGUGACUCCAGAAAAGGGCGGAGAAGAUCUCUUUGUUCAUAUUUCUGACAUUGAAGGUGAGUAUGUUCCACUUCCUGGUGAUGAAGUUACAUACCGUCUGUGUCCGAUCCCACCAAAGUUUGAGAAAAACCAAGCCGUCCAUGUCCGAAUUAUCCACUUGACACAUCAGAGGCACCUUAAGUGGGAUGAACCACUGCAGAUACGCUCGUAAUCAUGCAUUUGACACAAAGAAGCACAAUUUUUGUUAAACAACCCUGUCACUUGUCAUCGCAGGUUUAUUUAUAAGCCCAUAAAGGCCUAAAAUGUAUUUAUCAGUAGUUAUAAGCUCAUGUUCACUAUAUUUUUUUUAUAUUUU